GCGGCGGCGGUGGUGGCGGCGGUGGGGUGGCGGGAGCGGAGCGGCAUGGCCACGGCGGCUUCUAACCCCUACCUGCCGGGCGGCGGCCUGCUGGCGGCCGGCUCCAUUGUGCACUCGGACGCGGCAGGGGCGGGCGGCGGCGGUGGGGGCGGCGGCGGCGGGGCGGGCGGCGGCGGGGCGGGCGGCGGCGGCGGCGGCAUGCAGCCGGGCAGCGCCGCCGUGACCUCGGGCGCCUACCGCGGGGACCCGUCCUCCGUCAAGAUGGUGCAGAGCGACUUCAUGCAGGGGGCCAUGGCUGCCAGCAACGGCGGCCAUAUGCUGAGCCACGCGCACCAGUGGGUCACCGCGCUGCCCCACGCCGCCGCCGCUGCCGCCGCCGCCGCCGCCGCUGCCGUGGAGGCCAGCUCGCCGUGGUCGGGCAGCGCGGUGGGCAUGGCCGGCAGCCCGCAGCAGCCGCCGCAACCGCCGCCGCCGCCGCCGCCGCCGCCACAGGGCCCCGACGUGAAGGGGGGCGCGGGCCGCGAGGAGCUGCACGCGGGCGCGGCGCUGCACCACCGCGGGCCGCCGCACCUCGGGCCGCCGCCGCCGCCCCCGCCGCACCAGGGACACCCCGGGGGCUGGGGCGCCGCCGCCGCCGCCGCCGCGGCCGCCGCCGCCGCCGCCGCCGCCGCGCACCUCCCGUCCAUGGCGGGCGGCCAGCAGCCGCCGCCGCAGAGCCUGCUGUACUCGCAGCCCGGCGGCUUCACGGUGAACGGCAUGCUGAGCGCGCCCCCGGGGCCCGGCGGCGGCGGCGGCGGCGCGGCCGGCGGCGCCCAGGGCCUGGUGCAUCCGGGGCUGGUGCGCGGGGACACGCCUGAGCUGGCGGAGCACCACCACCACCACCACCACCACGCGCACCCACACCCGCCGCACCCGCACCACGCGCAGGGCCCCCCGCACCACGGCGGCGGCGGCGCGGGCCCGGGACUGAACAGCCACGAGCCGCACUCGGACGAGGACACACCGACGUCCGACGACCUGGAGCAGUUCGCCAAGCAGUUCAAGCAGCGGCGCAUCAAGCUGGGCUUCACGCAGGCCGACGUGGGGCUGGCCCUGGGCACGCUCUACGGCAACGUGUUCUCGCAGACCACCAUCUGCCGCUUCGAGGCCCUGCAGCUGAGCUUCAAGAACAUGUGCAAGCUCAAGCCGCUGCUGAACAAGUGGCUGGAGGAGGCGGACUCGAGCACCGGCAGCCCCACGAGCAUCGACAAGAUCGCGGCGCAGGGCCGCAAGCGCAAGAAGCGGACCUCCAUAGAGGUGAGCGUCAAGGGCGCGCUGGAGAGCCACUUCCUCAAGUGCCCCAAGCCCUCCGCGCAGGAGAUCACCAACCUGGCCGACAGCCUGCAGCUCGAGAAGGAGGUGGUGCGCGUCUGGUUCUGCAACCGGCGCCAGAAGGAGAAGCGCAUGACGCCGCCCGGCAUCCAGCAGCAGACGCCCGACGACGUGUACUCGCAGGUGGGGACCGUGAGCGCCGACACGCCGCCGCCGCACCAUGGGCUGCAGACCAGCGUGCAGUGAGGCCGGGCGCCGCGCGCACCGGGCCGCCGAGAGCCGCCGCCGCCGCCGCCCCGCCGGGAGCCGCCGAGGGCCGCCGCCGCGCGCACAGCCCGCGCCCGGCCCGGCCCGGCCCGGGCGUCUGGCCGCCUCCCCCUCCGCCCAGAGACAGGCGAGCCGCGGCCCUGGGAGGGGGGAGAACGACCGGGGAGGCUCCGACCGCGAGACUCCUUUGGAAAGUCCGAGGAAGGAGGGACCAGGACAUUUUAAAGCCUAAUAAAUACCGAGACUAUUUUAUAUGCGCAUCGAACAGACAGAGCCGGAGGAGGAGAAGCAGCUCCCUGGCGGUGGUUCGGCUCCGCUUUGAAGGAAGGGGGAGGAGGCCUAACCCACGGAAUGGCGCUCCCGAGGUACUGUCCACCCCCAGGCGUCCUGUGCAGCCUAGCCGGAGGGGGAGAGCACCUGCCUGGCCCUCUCCUUUGAGACUAGAGCGAGCCCUCCCCUUUCUUCCGCUUCUUCCUAAAGGGCUGCCUAAAAGAUCCACAGAAACUUCCUCUGUUGGGAGCGACCCGAAAGGAGAGACCCACCCGGCUUUGCGCGGGCCUGCUGGCUCCCGGACAGUGUUCUGCUUGGCCAUAGGAAAGUCUUGGGGGAACAAACGAGCAACUCAGAGUUGGGAAGGAAGGAGAAACAGAGUCUGGGGGAGGGGGGGACAAGAUUCGCAGGUCCUCAAGUUCACGGGCUGAGCAGGAAAGCCAGAAGAGAGCAUCCUCACCACCGUACCCUGGGAAAUCAGAGCACCGCAAAAGAGCCAGGGCUGGGAGCCGGCUAAGGGCAGCCCUCUGGCAGAGAGGGCACAGCUGGCAGGGCGGCAGGCGAGGACCCAAGCCUUAGAGACCGCCCAGAGAGGCCAGGCCACCGCCACAGAACCCGGGCUCUGCUGACCCCCUCGGGGUGGACCAUGCCUAAAGAUUUCACCGCUAAUAUUUUUUUUAUUAACAUUUUUUAUUUUUUAUUUCUGGACUGACUCCGAUAAAGAGGGUGUGGAAAGACAGCUCCAGCCGCGCACCUCCCUUGACUGGUGCCCUCGCUCCGCUGCCAACUGUGACUGAAUGAGCGCUGCGGAUGAGACCCUGUAAUACUGCCUUUUCCAAGCAGUGUCUUUGGUAGGUUUUAAUAAACAGACUUUUCAGAUGACGGCAAUAUAGAAUCGUUAGAUCCGCUGUUGAUCUAAAAAUAUUUGCUUUAUAUUUUCAUUAAAUGACUUCUUUUAAUAUUUUAUUCAGAAUACUUAUGAACUGCUGCAAAACGGUAAUUUAUUUUUCCCCAGAUCUUGUAUUACGUGUUUUUUUCAGACGAGCACAAAUCAAAAUGAAAUGAAAAAUAUGGACAGUUGUUAGGUAAUAAGGGUAUCUUUUGAUGUGAUCAUUUGAUUGUAAUUUAAUUUGAGUAGUGAUUCCGUAAGAGCUGAUUGAGAAAAUAAAUUUGUUAGAAUGAAA